GUCUCCGCAGUGAGCGUCGCGACGCCUCCGCGGAGGGUAUAUCUCGCGCGCGAUCCGCAACGACAGGUGAUCGCGCCGGUGAACGCACGAGGCGUCCCGUCUUCUCUCCCUCGCGCGUCUAUUACGGUGUGCAGUGACGGUAGGAGUUGUUUCGCCUUUAUCGAGCCGCAAGCCACCUGGACGGGAGGAAGGGCGGCGCGAGAGACCCCGCGUGUAUCCAGCACCUAACCGUGGAAGAGCUGCAGCUGCGUUUCGAUCCGCCCGGAAGAGGAGCUCUUUCUCUCUCUUCGGAUGACCUGGAGCGACCAGAUACGACACGCAAAAAAAAAAAAAUGGCAGAGGCGCAGCAUCGUCGUUCGGCUAUCGGGGACUAAUCCACGGUCAUAAAGGAAGUCUGGAGGAUAAAACCGUGAGAGAGUGGCAAUAUUUCGCGAACAAGAAUACGUGAACGUAAUACAGAAACGGAUGGUCUGGGCGCGCAGUGAACGGUAAAAUCGAAGCAAAAUUAACGGCGCCACGAAUGAGCACGGAAGAAUAUGAGACCGUCGUGCGAGAGCCUGUUCGAUCGACGAGAAUUAAUUUUCCUUCCGGUCAUUGGGUCGCAGCGAAAUGACCGAGCUCAAUCAAGAUUAAUCGUGUCUUCAUGAGGGAGCGCGGAUCUUCCAUUAAUCGCUCGAUCAGCGAACAACAAGCGAUCCUUCCUUGUUGCGAUCCAUGAACGCGUGCGAGAGACACGCCGAGGUAAGAAGACAAGCCGCAUCGGGCAAACUUCCCAUCCGGUCGGUCGAGAGGAAGACGAGAACGAGCAGAUAGUACCGACUCUCGCCAAAUGUUUCGCUCUCUACACCAAUUUUUCCGAAAUCCCACUUGAGAAACGCAACGUAGAAUUUUUCCCCGGGUAUCGACAACCGGGGCAAAUCGAGGUAACGAAGAGUAAGUCUCGGAUAUCAUCUAAAAUCCGGGGAUAUAGCGUCAUCCGACAAUUCCCGUCACUCAUCGUCUCUCCCAGAUUCUUCAUCGUCCUGAUAAAAAUGCGUGUCGAGGUUCGCGAGAUCCCUCGAUAUAAUUUGGUGAAACUCGUAAAUGGAUAAAACAAAUCGUGAAAUGGAAUUUUUGAAUCGACGAGGUAUCGAAUGAGGUCGAUUGAAGAAUUGAGGGAUCGAUAAGACGCGGCAACGGUGAUAAAUCGCAUUCAUUCGUGCAACUCUUCAAUCUCUAUAUUAGUAGAAGUGCGCGCAACUGCGGGAGUGAUAAAAUACACAGUGCGGUGAACCGUAAAGCUGGUCCGGCAAAUUCCGAAGAGACGCUGACCCCGACGUGCUCGACGCGAGGGAAUUCAAUCGCGAAAUGGACCGCGCGAUAUUUGAAUACUUCUGUGAAUUGUAGCGCCCGGAGCUCGAGUUUAAUGAAACGCCCACGAGCCCCGGAGUGAAUAUCGUAAUCGCGGACGGAGUCCAUUUCCGGAUAUAUAUAUAUAUAUAUACCAAUACCGAUGUUCGUUCGCGCGUCUCCCGGAACUCGGACAGAUUGCGAGAGAGCUUCGGAGAUCUCUCUUUUCUACGAAGAGAAGGAAUCGGGCGAGUUCGCGCGUAAUAUCAUUCGUUCCGGGACCGCUUGAGAAGAUGGAUCACGUGCACGUGAAGUCGAGGUCGGCCUCGAAGAGCAACCCGACGAAGAUGGCCUGCGAGAAAGCGUCGAGGCGUCUCAGGACGAUCUUCGUGAGGGCGUCUCGCCUAGGAAUCUCCGGCGCGGAGGUCGCCAGGUUACCGGCGGCCAAGAAACUCAUCCCGCAAAGGGAUCACGGUUGGAAACUGGCGGUGUUCCUUCUGCUCAUGUUCGGGGGCGGAGUCAUCGUCGCCUUAGUCUGCACCGCCAGGAAAGGAUGUUCGAAACUGGAGGAUAUCAGCUUGGCGACCUAGCUAUCGCGGCUCGUCAUUCCUCGGGGACCGAUAGCGACGGCGACGACGACGAUGAAGAAUCGUUCGAACGCAAAGUCCACCAUGUGCCAACGCGAAUGCAGCUGGCGGAACAACCCGGAUCCCGGGGCGAAUUAUUCAGACAACUUGGAGAACACCGUUUCAAGACGGCGGCACAUCACGCUCAAACGCUUUCGGUCGUCGCCCGAUGGUGUCGUGCUAAGAGACAACAGUGUAUUGACGAUACUGAUUCGAGCGUGUGCCUGAUCGCGUUGACUUGACAAGGGUAUAGUGAUACGGCACUGAAUUUUUUUACAGGUAAUCAGAGGGAUAAGUGGUUGUGUGAAUUUUGAUUGAGUUUGGAAUGUUGGGAUGUGAGUGAUGCAAUUUGUAUUUUGGAUCGAGAGAAUACGAGGCUUCACAUGUACAUGCUUGACGCGUUUCCCAGAGAUUUGAUUAGAUUAGGAAAUAUUUAAUGCGCUUAAAAAAACAAGAAACAAAUCUGUUUAUUAUCGAAAAAUUUGAUUGUUAAUUUUUCUUAUAUUAUACAAGAUGUAUCUAAAUAAAU